UCCGCCACAACAUGAUAUAUCACCUGACUAUCAUCAAUGUUCCAGGCACAAUACAUCCUAAGAAAGGCACUCUUGACUAAUUACAAAUGCAUGAAAAUUAACCAGUUAACUAAUCAGUUAGUUGGUGAUGGCCCUCUUUUUUGUUAUGAUUUUCUUCUAUUGUUUCUUUCUUUCUUUCUUUCUUGCUUUUUUUUUUUUAAUGCUAGAAGAAGACCCAACGCAGAUACUUUCCCAAUGUGGUGUCGGGUGACCCGGCAGUAUUCUUGUCAAGACAUGCAUGCAAGAGUCGAAAUGUUACAGGAAGAUAAGUUGUACAGAAGAUAAAACAUACACCACCAUCGCACGGCGCAAACCAAGAGUGCCCGAGAGGCACCUACCCAUUUGUAAGAAUUGCCACGGAAUUCUGUCAGUUCAAAGCUCUCGAUAAUCACUGGGUCUUAUCCUCCGGUGUCUUGCCUGGUGUCUCUGAGGAUUG